GAGAAAAAAUAUUUCUGGCUAUAGCAACGCCGGUUGCUUCACGCUGAUACUAAUUUGUACAGUGCUCCGAAAAUGGUCUAUGUAUAUUGCCGAAAAUUAAAAGCUCAACGUCAACGAACGUACGAAAUAUUGAAAGAACAUUUGAAGAAAACUUUAAGAAAUGUCUAGAUUAAAAUGAUUAAUCAUUGAAACGUCCCUGUUACUUUUAAUACACAUAUAUAUAUUUGAAUUUUGGUAAAUAUUCAGCAACCGUUAGCCCGUUUGCGGAGGCAUGCUGAAGCAAAAUGACGGAAUUUGUCGAAGGUUGGAUUUUAGGACACACGUUAGGAGAAGGUGCUUAUGGCGAAGUCAAGUUGGUUAUUAACAAGACUACUGGCGAAGCCGUCGCCAUGAAAAUGGUAGAUGUACUAAAACAUCCGGAUGCACGACAAAGCGUAAAAAAAGAAACAACCAUUCACAGAAUGUUGUCUAAUUCUAAUAUCAUACAGUUUUUUGGAAAGCGUAGUGAACCAACUAUGGAAUAUAUAUUUUUAGAGUAUGCUUCUGGUGGAGAACUUUACGAUAGAAUUGAACCCGAUAUCGGUAUGCCGAAGUACGAAGCUCAGAGGUAUUUUAAACAAUUAAUUUGCGCUGUGGAAUAUUUACACAGUCGAGGAGUUGCACAUAGGGAUCUUAAACCAGAAAAUUUAUUAUUAGAUGAUAACGAUAACUUAAAAAUAACAGAUUUUGGAUUGGCAACUAUUUUUCGUGUCCAAGGAAGAGAACGUACUUUAGAAAAGAAAUGUGGAACAUUACCAUAUGUGGCACCAGAAGUUCUCGUACAAGCUUAUUAUGCAGAACCUGCUGAUAUAUGGUCUUGUGGUAUAAUUCUGGUUGCUUUACUGUGCGGAGAACUGCCUUGGGAUCAAUCCUUGGCAGAGUGCCCAGAAUAUGUGGCAUGGAGGAAAGGAACAUACAUGUCACUUACACCAUGGAAAAAAUUGGAUAACUUAGAAUUAUCUUUAAUCAAAAAAAUCCUUGCUCACCUACCAUCCGCUAGAUAUACAAUACCAGAGAUAAAAAAUCAUCGAUGGUUUCUUACAACAUUUAAAAAAGAUGAUCUACAUAGUAAUAGAUAUAAUAUGCCCGUUAGUAAUUAUAGUCAAGUAGAUGGAUGCAAUCCAUCGAGAUCUUGUUUAUCGCAACCUGAUUUUGUUGGAGAGGAAAAUGUAAAUAUUGAGAAUAUGAAAUUAGAUGAAAAGACAGGUUUCUCGUUUUCUCAACCUGCUCAUAUCGAAGAUUUAUUACUUUGUACUCAACCGAUGCAAUGUACUGCACAUUCAAGUUCGCAAACACCUUUCCAACAGCUUGUUAGACGUAUGACUAGAUUUUUCGUGAAAACAGAUUUUGAAACGACAGUAAAAAGAUUAUUAAACUGUUUACAAUAUGAAAGUUAUACUUAUCGUAUUAACGAUUUUCGCAUAAUUACUAUAUCAACG